ACGAGUCGAGCUCAGGCAUCAAUUAUCCGCUUCUUAUGCAAAAGAAGCGAAAUGUCAUGAGUUGGUCUGAAUUUAAAAUACCAUCGGUAUCAUCUAGUGCAUCUCAUCUUCAAUACACCUAAGUUCAGUUCAGCCACAAGCCUUCCGCGAUGAUUGUCACCGAGCUUGGUGCCAUGGGCGUCAAGCCCGGCCUCAAUAUUAUGGAUGAGUCCACACCGGAAGGCCAGAUUUUCAUGGGCGUCUACCGUAAGAUCAUCGCAGCCCCUGGAGCUCCUCACCGAUUGUAUCUGGGUCUCGAACUCGAAGACCCAACCAUGGUCUGGGGCUUCUUCGACUGGGACUCAAUUGAGGACCACGAGAAGUUUGCCAAAGAAUAUGGCGUGGAACUGUGCAAAGACUUGCCCAAAGUCUUGACAUACGGCGAAUUCUGCAAGCACAUUACCGCUACGCCAACCUUUCCAGAUGCGCUGAAGUCUGUCGCGACUGAUGUCUUCGUCAUUUACUAUGCUUCCAACAUUACCCCUGAGGCGAAAGAUGCAGCGACUGCACGACUUCAAGAGAUCCUCAAGGAAGGCUUCGAGCAAGUCCAUGAAGCGACUGUCACGAGCUAUGGCUGGGGAGUUCAAGACGAUUUUCCUGUGAAAGGGGGAGACCCCAAUCAGACUGGCUCUAUCUUGACAGCGUUUGUCGGCUGGUCCAAUCUCGAGGCAAACAAAACCUUUCAUCAAUCACAGACCUAUAAGGAGAUUGAAAGUCAGCUUGGAACCAUUGAAGGAUCGACUAAAUUGAGAUCGUUCCGUCUCAGCUGCAUUGUACUUGAGAAGGAGACACGGUAGAUCAAGCAAACAGAUGGAAAGGCAACAAACGAUUGAUGAAGGAGGCUGCUGCAACGGAGGUUUACAGUCGCUACUGGUCUGCACAUUGUUUUUGUUUCUUUACGUAUAGUCACACGUUCCUUCACAUACUACCUAAAGUAUCUUCAACACAUCAGACAUGGCUUGAAGUAAUCGUUGAUUCGUUGGUGUGAUUCAUCUUUGACUAUGUGCUGCAUAAGUAGAUAUGUAAGGCAAUCUAAAAUCCAUGCUAUCCCAUUUGCUG